CAAUCAAUCAAAACAAACUUAAAACCGAGGUGCAUUACGCCACUGCUGUGUAGUCCAACUCAUUUUGGAAUCACCGACCAGCGUGAUAUCUGUGGGUGGGGGGCGACGAUGGCAGCGAACUCCGUCCGUGUGGCCGCCGUUCAGAUGACAUCCAUCAACGAUCUUGCUUCUAAUUACGCCACUUGUUCACGCCUUGUUAAGGAAGCUGCCUCAGCUGGGGCAAAACUUCUUUGCUUCCCUGAAAAUUUUUCAUUUGUUGGUGCAAAAGACGGAGAAAGCCUUAAAAUUGCGGAGCCAUUGGAUGGACCAAUUAUGAAAGGGUAUUGUGCUCUAGCUAGGGAGUCGAGCAUGUGGCUGUCCCUUGGAGGAUUCCAAGAAAGGGGGUCUGAUGAUGCACACUUGUGUAACUCUCAUGUUUUGAUUGAUGAUGCUGGAAACAUUAGAAGCACUUACAAGAAGAUGCAUUUGUUCGAUGUGGAUGUUCCCGGAGGUGCAGUUUAUAAAGAGAGCAGCUUUACAGAAGCAGGGAAAGAGAUAGUUGCUGUGGAUAGCCCAUUUGGACGUUUGGGUCUGACAGUAUGCUAUGAUUUGAGAUUCCCUGAGGUCUAUCAACAGCUACGCUUCCACCAUGGAGCAGAGGUUCUGUUAGUUCCUGCCGCAUUUACAAAAGUAACUGGUGAGGCACACUGGGAGGUUCUUCUUCGUGCCCGUGCCAUAGAGACACAAUGUUAUGUUAUUGCUGCUGCACAAGGUGGGAAACAUAGUGAGAAAAGAGAGAGCUUUGGUGAUACAUUGAUAAUUGACCCAUGGGGUACUGUAAUUGGUCGUCUACCAGAUAGAACAUCGACAGGAAUUGUGGUUGCAGAUAUAGAUUUCUCAUUAAUCGAAGCAGUGAGAACAAAGAUGCCAAUAUCCCAGCAUCGGAAGCCCAUCGAGUUCUGGAAUCAAGCAUCCAAUUGAACAUAUGAUGUGAGGUCAUCCCCUUGGAAACUGAAAUUCUGUUCACUUUUGGUAUAAUUGUGUUGUUUCAUUAUCUGAUAAUUAUCAAAAUUUUCAGCCGACGACAAUCCUUCAAAGUAUACAUCUGGUAGUUUUAUGUUUUUGAAGUGUUCUUUUUAUAUCUUGUAAAUGACUGGUAUUUCAAACUGUGCUAGUAACUGUCUUUUCGUAUUGUAGUUAUAUGACUCUUAUGCAACCAAUUAGUUGAAGAUAAUAAGAUUUUGGUUGAUUCGAUAA